AUGCUCUGCCAUGACUGCCGGUGUCUGGUUCAGGAGGCAGAUCGAGCCUUUCGCGGUGAUCCAGCGCCAACCUCGCAACGAGAAGUCUGCACACAAGUCUUCCAGAAAUCGCUUGAUGAGAAGUGCUAUCUGUGCACGAGGCUCUUGAUCCAGCUCGGGGACGAGAAAUGGCAGCAGAUCCUCCAUGAGCUGCCGAAGACAAACGUGGUGGUCUUCGACAAAACCUUCAUCUUCGAGACGGAUAUGUACCUCCUGAUCCGCCAUGGCUGCAAGUUGACCCCAUUUCUUGAUCGUGGAAACGACGAUAGCAAGCCUGCCUUGCUAGGAAAGAGUUACUCCUACGGCUAUCUACAGGUUGCUCUGUUGCCUCAGCAAGCACAAAGUCCCAGCUCAUGUUCCCCAUCUGUGGUUCAGCGUGCGAGUGCCGCCACUUCAACCUCAGACUCGGCCGUCCUCGAUCUCGCUCGUCACUGGCUUGAGUCAUGCACGUCGAAUCAUUCGAGCUGUCGCGAACCAACGUCGCAAUCCUCAACCUACCCCAGCCGCCUGCUAGAUGUCUCAUUCGGUGCUGGGGGUGAUCUGUGGAGGUUGGUGGAAGCCGACACCGAAGCUGUGACCGGUCCGUAUGUUACCCUUUCGCACCGAUGGGGCAGCGGAACCGUCAAACUUCAGCGGUCUACUCACAAGCAAAUGCUACGAGGGAUGCCUGUUUCUACCUUGCCGCGCACCUAUCAGGAAGCAAUCACCGUGACGAGGCACUUGAACGUGCGCUAUCUAUGGGUGGAUUCCAUAUGUAUCUUCCAGGACGAGCGGCUCGAUAUCCAGAAGGAAGCUGUGAGAAUGGCGGAAGUAAGCAACGCGCUAUACAAUAUUUCAGCCCUCUCCGGCAGGGACGAUGGCCUCUUCUGCCACCGCGACCCUGAGACUAUUAGCAGCAGCAGCGUGUUCCUCCAUCGCGACGAUUACCAUCUCAGCCACUCCUACUUGAUCAACGACCUGGAUCUUUGGCGUGGCGAGCUCGUCCACAUGCCCCUGACAACGCGUGGUUGGGUUCUGCAAGAAGAAGUGCUUGCCAACCGCACGCUCUAUUUCGGUGCCCGUCAAGUCUUAUGGGACUGCCGAAGCUCGCGAGCGUGCGAAACGUACCCUUUGAUAGCAUGUGACGAGCGCCAAUCAAUGCAGCAAAAAAAGGUCUCCCUUGAGACGAGAGGCGCUUUCGAUGAAAAGCGACAAAUUCUUCGCGAUACUGAACUCGAAUCCAUUACUUCGAUAGUUUCGUUCGCAAAGGGACGCGCGGGCACGACACUUGCUCCUUUACCUACUGUACAGACCGAAUUUCUGGCCGUCUGGGCGCGCUUCGUUUCUCACUACUCAACGCGAGCACUUACCUUUCCCACGGAUAAACUUCUGGCGAUCGCUGGGGUUGCCAGAGUCCUGAGCCGUGCGAUUUGCGACCGGUUCGUGGCUGGCCUGUGGGAGUCUCACCUUGUGGAAGGGUUACUAUGGUAUAUCCGCGCAAGUACGGUCACAGACCGACCUGCUGAAUACCAUGCCCCUACUUGGUCAUGGGCUUCGUGCCAGGGGUAUGUGAUCCAUGCGGUACCUUUCCAGCAUUCGUGGACGGUUGCCCAAGCCCUGAAUGUCGCUUGUGAGACAGCCUCUGGGGACGAGUGUGGAGUGGUUAAUUCUGCUCGGAUGACUCUACAAGCAUAUUGUCUCUGUCUACAACUGGAUGAACACGGCAACUGGACAGCUUUCUAUGGCAGGCACAAAGUCCCUCGGCUUCUCGUGCGUCUCGACACGAGCGAAGAUAUUACCAAGCUGGGGCGAAUUUUCGGGGCUGUCAUCCGGACGACGGCGUACAGAUUGACCAAGUCGGACGUGCAACCUGAAGAGAAAGGGAAAAUACUACUUGCCGCGCAGGGAAUCAUCCUUGCGACGACGUCCACGAAAUCGCCAUCAUCACCGUUGCAUGUCACCCCAGUUGACAACAGCCAAGCGCACACAAUGGGAGGAGAUAGCCAGUAUCGGCGGGUCGGCUACUUCGCUCUCGAAGAUCGAAAGGGCGGGACGUUAACGCCCAAAUGGGUGGUACCUGGCUGUCGCAUCUUCCACGCCCCUUCACAGCUGGCCUCGGAUCAAUCCUCUGGACGACCAACGAAUUUCGACUUCAUGGGGCAGCAAGAAUUCAUGAGCACACUGGAUAUCGUCUGA